GGGACAAAGACCGGGUUCGCCAUGAGCAGCGCAACGGGCGGCGCUCCGCGGGGCGGCCAAUGCGUCGAGGUCGCGGUCCGCGUCCGGCCGUUCCUACCCAAGGAGCUCCUGCGCAGCCCCGAGGGCGUCGGCUCCAUGAGCAUGGACCGGGACCGCCGGGCGAUCGAGAUCGCAACGCCCAACUCGACGGCCCAGUUCUACUUUGACCAUGUCCUUGGGCCCGACUGCUCGCAGGCGCAGAUGUACGAAGAGACGCUGCAGCCCAAGAUCGACCACUUUCUCAAUGGCUUUAACAUCACCGUCUUGGGCUACGGGCAGACGGCCAGCGGCAAGUCCCACACGAUCGGGAGCGGUCUGAGCAACCAAGACGAAGACGAGUGGGGCCUGCUCCCGCGCAUGCUCCACGACGUCUUUGCGCGCAUUGCGAUCGAAGACGAAGCCACCGUGUCGGUCUCGUUUCUCGAGAUCUACGGCGAAGACAUCCACGAUCUGCUUCUGCCGCUCACGACCUCGAAAAAGGCCGUCAAGCACGCGUUGCACUUGCGCCAAGAUCGCUCCGGCGUCUUUGUCCAAGGCGCGCGCGAGGUGACUGUCACGACGCCCGAAGAUGCACUCGAACAGCUCCGUGUCGGCUGCUUGACGCGCAUCACGGGCAGCACCGAGAUGAACGACGUCUCAAGUCGGUCCCACGCUGUGUUCACGUUGACGCUCGUGCAGAAGACCAAGCGAGCGACGCCCGAGGACAAGUCGUUUGUCGACACAAUGACAACCAUCUCCAAAUUGACGUUUGUCGACUUGGCCGGCAGCGAACGACUCAAAAAGACCUUGGCCGACGGACAACGCAUGAAGGAAGGCAUCCAGAUCAACGUCGGCCUCCUCGCGCUCGGCAACGUCAUCAACGCGCUCGGCGACGAGCAAAACCAAAAGCGCACGGACACGGCCGCGUUCGUACCGUACCGCUCGUCCAAGCUCACGCGCCUGCUCCAAGACGCGCUCGGCGGCAACAGUCGGACGCUCUUUGUAGCCUGCGUGUCGCCCGCCACGUCGAACGCUGCCGAGAGUCUCAACACGCUGCAGUACGCCAACCGGGCCCGCAACAUUCAGAACAAGGCGGUCAAAAACCUCGACCCGCGGUCGGCGGAGCUCACGAGCCUGCAUGCGUACAUUGGCGUGCUCCAGCGGGAGCUCGUCAAGACGCUGUAUGUGGACCCGAACGCACCGGACCGCGCGGCCAAGAUUGAGUUGCUCCUGCAAGACGCCAAGAUUCAGCACUUUCUCAAGCAGCUCCAGUUGAACGCGAGCGACGGCGUGUUUGCACCGACCGCGCUGCUGACGCAUGCGGCGUCACGGGUGUCGCACGGGCAGGGCGACGAGCCGCACGAGGAUACGACGAGCGACGACGAUGACGACGACGACGGUGUCGACCCGACCGUGAUUCCCGGUAUUUUGAGCAUCCUCGAGUGCUGUCUCGAGAAGGAGGCGGUCUUGUCGGACUACAAGCAAGCGAAAGUGGACAUUCAGUGCCAAAUGCAAGCGUGGCAGCUCAAGAAGCGGCGCGAGACGGCGCGCUGGAACACGCUGCGCCAGCAAGCCAAACCGCUCGAAGCGCAAGUCAAAUCCAACGCGGUCGAGACGUGGAUGCAGCAGCUGAACGCGCUUCAGCAGGAAAAGCUGAGCAACACCAACAGCGCCAAGGUCGACGAAGCGCUGCGAGAGAUUAGCGCGCAGCUCCAAGCCCACAAGAAGGUCGCAACCGUGCUCGCCUACACCCAAGAACGCGCCCAAGAUGCCCAAGAUCGCGUGCGCGAAGCCGACGCUGAGCUCCAGAAGCUCCAGGAGCGGCUGCACAAGCAAGAGCAGCACUGCAAGUACACGGUCAAGCUCAAGGACAAUGACAUUCAGCGGUACCGUGACUUUCCGCAAGCGUGCGCCAAGUGGAACCACUUGGGUGCGCUCGACUACUUUGCCGACCUCGAGCUGCACUUUGGCGCCGACGCGGUCAAGAAGAUGGUCCGCCAGCUCACGAUUAGCGAGCAGUUGGCGCUCAACUGGCUCGAGCGACAUCCACCGCAUUUGCCCGAAGCGUCGCCGGCCCUUCAAGCUCACAUGGCCCACAUCCUCGACACGAUCCAAACGCGGCUGACGUUUGAAGACACGGAAGCGACGCUGAUGGAGUCGCUGCGAAAGCGCACGACGCUCUUGACGCAGAUGCUCAACCGCGGCGCGUCGAAAGAGGCCCAGGACGACAUUCGCCUCGCGCUGACGCGCAUUGAAAAUGGCAUUCAGCUCGCGAGCGACACGCUGCAGCACAUGGAGUCGGCGACGGACCUCACGCAGCUCGUGCCGACGGACGAAGCGACCGUCCGGGACCUCGUGGCGCAGCUGAUAUUGGCGCUCGAGCACAGCGAGCGCAUGCAAUACCACUUGGCCGACACGCGCAAGCGACCGACCGAAGCGAGCCCGACGCGACUCGGGGCCUCGCUGACGUCGUCGUCGGUCGCGCUCGUCCGCGAAGAGUACGAGCAACAGCUGCAUGCGAUCAAGGUGGCCCACGAGCAAGAAAAGCUCGCGUGGAUCAGCCUGCAAAAGGAGCAAGAGUGCAAUGUGACGCAGACGCAGUGGGACGAGCUGCAGGACGAACUGCGGGACGCGCGCAAGCAAAUUGACGACCUCACGAGCCAAAUCGACGACUUGCAGCGGCGCGAAGUGGCCUUCUCGGCCGUCCACAAAUGCCAAGAACUCAUGGAGGAGCUGGGGCUCCAGGAAGGCGAGCGCGAGAUCCAGAUGAAGGAGCUCGCUAUCAAGUGCCAACAGGACCUCGACCGCCUCCUCGCGAUGAAGCAAGAGAGCCACACGGCGCUGCAGGCGAUUGUGCAGCAAGUGAUGCUCUGCGACAAGGCGCUCGGGACGACGUCGCGCCUCGACUUCCCCGCCAAGAUGCCGCUGACGAUCCAAGUGCAGCAGUGCCAACUCAUUUUGCGCGAUUUGGAAAAGACGAUUGAAGCGCGCGUGCUCUCGCGACUGCGCAACCUCAAGCUUGCGUCGGAGAUGUGCGACGAGCUCCAAAUGGGCACGUCGGUGCCGGUGCCGCUCGGCAUGGAGCGCGCGGUGUGGCUGAGCCUCAUUGACAAGCAGUCGAAGCUCCAGAAGGACAUUGCCGAGACGCUCCAGCGCUUCCAUGGCGACAUGUGCGUCUUUGCGAUGUUUGAUUCGAUUGGCGAAGAGAAUGCGGACGAGCUCGCGCAGUUGACGAAGCAACUCUUGCUCGAAGGCACGUUGCCGCUCCAUGAGCUCAACAUGCAAGAAGACAUGACGCUGCUGGAGCUCCUCCAGCAAAUGAAGGACUCGCGAUGCCGCGACUUGGAAAUGUGCAUGCACAAGACGCGCGACUUGUAUCUCGAGCUCCAGUUUACGACGGCCGACAUUACGGCCGUGAGCGACGCGGUCGUCGCGACCUUGUCAUUUCCAUUCUCGCCCGAGAACCUCUUGCAGCGCCUCUUCAACACGGGUGGCUCGAUGGACAUUUCCAGCCAAGGCCUCUGCUACAUGCACACGCUCUGCACGAGUCUCGACUUGAUUCGGCAAGCGCGCUUGGAGGUUCAUGACGCGAUCCAUGACAUGUGGUCCAAGGAAGAGGCGCUGUACAACGCGACGGUGACGCAGAGCCCAAAGCUGGCGCAGCUGCCCAUGGCCAAGUCGCCGCCGAAACUCCACCGCCACGACCGCCACGUUACGAAUGCGUCCAUGUCGCGGCUGUGCGAGCAGACGGCGCUCUGGGCGCUGCGCGUGCGGCGCAUUGUGUGCGGCAACUUGCGUCUCCUCGAGGACGAGCUCGACAGCUUUGGCAUUGAAGACGUCCAAGAUCGCAUGGACUUUCUUGUUGGGUCGCGCGACCGGCGGCUCUUUUUGAACGAGCGCAACCUCUUGACGCACUACCACCACGAAGCGCAGCCGUAUGCGACGUCGGACGAAGACCGGCCCGAGACGAUGGACCUGUUGCACUCGCUGGAUCCGUACCACGACAGUCUGGGCGCUGAGCUCGCCAUGGCGCUUCGCCCGACGCUCCUCGACGACCUCCAAAUGGAGUUGGCGUCGUUCCAGGGCGUGCAGACGGUACUCGAAGACGCCAAGGUCCGGCUCGACUCGCUGAGCAGCAUCAUGAAGUGUGUGGCCCAGAUUCGCGAGUACAACAAGAAGAUCAACGAGUUUGAAGCCGCGGCCAGCGACAGCGAUCGGCUCUUGGACCGUCGCGGGAGCUCGCUGCGGCUGCUCGACGAGGAGAAGUUUCGCAAGACGGCGGCCAAGAAAUACCCCCAGUUGGUGCAAAAGGUGCGGGACGAGGUGGACAAGUGGACCAACCAGUCGGAGCGCGGGUUUGAACUCGACAUUCUCGGUGACGACCUCCAAGCGCUCUUGCGCGACACGAUGCAGUACAACACGGAGUUUAUGCACCUGAGCUUGAUGAAGAACACGCGCACCAAGGCCAAGCGGCUCUCGUAAUGCCCUAAUACCAUAGCUUACGAUUCAUAUAUAUAACAUA